GGGAAUCAUGACACCUCACUUGUGUUCCCAGCUCUGUGAAGGAGUUGAGUCCAGUGGGUAGAGCCAGAACUUCUGGCCUGUAUUUCCAGCUCCGAGAGGAGUGUUGCAUUUACAGAGUUAGUGCAGGGAGCGAACUGGGGGGACUCCUGGGUUCUCUUCCAAGCUCUGGGAGAGGGUUCUGUUGAGUGGUUAGAGAAGCCGGAGGGGAGCCGGUACGUCUGUCUCUCACAGCAAAUUUGAAAAUCUCGCUAGACCGGGGGAUGGGGCAUCAGAGCUCCUAGGCUGUAUUCCUAACUCGAGUUUACAGUGUAAUUAUGACUGGGUUGGGUCACCUCCAUGUGAGAUGCUGCUCCAGUUUAGAGCAGUAUAAAGUGGGAGUAAUUCCAUGGCAUGCAGUGAAAUUACCCCACAUUUGCAGCAGUGCCCCUAACAGCAGAAUCUGGCCAGGCAGAUCCCCAAUUCCCCUUGGUAAACUGAGGAUAGUAACAUUUAUACAUCGUUAUCCAGAGUUCGCCCACCUCUGGGUGACAGAGGUAUACAAAUACCUCAAAAGCAGUUGUUCCUAUUUUUCCUCUCCAUCACCCUAGUGUAAAUUAGGAGUAACUGCAAUGGAGUCAGUUGGGGUGUUUUCCCCAUCCUCAUUCCCAUAUUACACCAAUCUUCACAAGCUAAGGGUCUGACUCAAGGAAAUUAAGGUGGUUUUCACAAAAAGAGAGUUAUUUUUACUGAUCUAAUGCUGUCCCUUGCUCUCUUCCCUCCCUCCGCAGACAUCAAACAAUGUCCUGAGAAAGAAAAUGUCCAACCGAACUACCGUGACCGAGUUCCUUCUCCUGGGGUUCUCUGAAGUUCGGAAGCUGCAGAUUUUGCACUUUGUGGUGUUUCUAGUGAUUUACCUGGCAGCCCUGGUGGGGAAUCUUCUUAUCUUCAUGGCCAUAACCUUCGACAACCACCUUCACACCCCCAUGUACUUCUUCCUGAUGAAUCUGUCUGUCCUAGACCUUGGCUCCAUCUCUGUGAAUGUCCCCAAAUCUAUGGCCAACUCCUUCAUGAACACCAAGUCCAUUUCCUAUUCUGGAUGUGUUGCCCAAGUCUUUUUCCUUCUCUUCUUGUUGGGAGCAGAUUUUUCCCUUCUCACCAUCAUGGCGUAUGACCGAUAUGUCGCCAUCUGCCAACCACUGCACUAUGAGACAAUAAUGAACAGCAGAGCUUGUGUCCAAAUGGCAGCUGGUGCCUGGAUCAGUGGGAUUCUGUACUCUGUGCUACACACCGGGAACACGUUUGCAUUGACCUUCUGUGGAGGCAACAUGGUGGAUCAGUUCUUCUGUGAAAUCCCCCAGCUACUGAAGCUCACCUGCUCUGAUUCAUAUCUGACUGAACUUAGGAUUAUUGCUUUUAGUAUAUGUUUGUUCUUAGGCUGCUUUAUUUUUAUCACUGUGUCAUAUGUUCAGAUCUUCAAAUCAGUGUUGAGAAUCCCCUCUGAGCAAGGCCGGCAUAAAGCCUUCUCCACCUGCCUCCCUCACCUCUCUGUGGUCUCCUUGUUUGUUUUCAUUUCUAGCUUUGCCUACCUGAAACCCACCUCCAGCUCCCCAUCUGCUCUGGAUCUUGUGAUGGCUGUUCUCUAUUCUGUAUUGCCACCAAUCAUGAAUCCAAUUAUCUACAGCAUGAGGAACAAGGAGAUAAAAGCUGCCCUGAGGAGACUGACUGGAUGUAGGUAAUUCACCAAGAAUUCAUUUUCUGUCUUUAUCUAAUAAAAGUUUGCUUAUGUAGUAUUUGUUCAUUUAUGUAGCUUAUUUCCAUGACCAAACAGCUUGCACACAACCGGGUCUGAUUCUGAUCUCAGUUGCAUCAAUGCAAAUCCAGAUUAAUUCCGCUGAUGUCACUGCUGCUGGGGAGAUUUACACCAGUAGAAAACCUGGCC